GAAAUGAUCCUGGAAGCGGAGCAUCCGCAUCAGCGCGUCGCGAAUGCCGCCCAGGCGGUCCGCCAAUCGCACCUCCGCUGGCGCCUUUCGCAUAUGACCGCGAUGAGUGCCAAAAAAACACAUUCGCGUACCACUUGCUGCGGUCGCGUCGUCAGUCGGAAUCACUUUUUCAAGCACAGUCGCGCCUUUCUGUGGUUCCUGCUCUGCAAUUUAAUGGUGGGCGUGGACCGCGCCCACUCCCAGCUGCUCAUCAACGUUCAAAAUCAGGGCGGCGAGGUGAUCCAGGAGAGUAUUACCUCCAACAUUGGCGAGGACCUGAUAACGCUGGAGUUCCAGAAGACCGACGGCACGCUCAUCACCCAGGUCAUCGACUUUCGCAAUGAGGUUCAAAUCCUCAAGGCCCUGGUGCUCGGCGAGGAGGAGCGCGGCCAGAGCCAAUACCAGGUCAUGUGCUUCGCCACCAAGUUCAACAAGGGCGACUUCAUCUCCUCGGCGGCAAUGGCCAAGCUGCGCCAGAAGAAUCCGCACACCAUCCGCACCCCCGAGGAGGACAAGGGCCGGGAGACCUUCACCAUGAGCAGCUGGGUGCAGCUGAAUCGCUCCCUGCCCAUCACCAGGCAUCUGCAGGGCCUCUGCGCCGAGGCCAUGGACGCCACCUACGUGCGGGAUGUGGACCUUAAGGCCUGGGCGGAGCUGCCAGGCUCCUCGAUUUCCAGCCUGGAGGCGGCCACCGAGAAGUUCCCGGACACGCUCUCGACGCGCUGCAACGAGGUGAGCAGCCUGUGGGCGCCCUGCCUGUGCAACCUGGAGACCUGCAUCGGCUGGUAUCCCUGCGGACUCAAGUACUGCAAGGGCAAGGGAGUCGCCGGCGGAGCGGACUCCUCGGGCGCCCAGCAGCAGGCGCAGCCGACGAAUUAUCGCUGCGGCAUCAAGACCUGCCGCAAGUGCACACAGUUCACCUAUUAUGUGCGGCAGAAACAGCAGUGCCUCUGGGAUGAAUGA